AUGGACGAAGGGGAUAGUGGAAUAGUACCCGAGCACGGUCAAGCGAAUACUGGCGAGACCACCAGUGAGGUAGAGAGACCCCAUGGUACGCCUGUACGGUACCGCGUGGACUCGGAGAGCGCUGUAUUGAAUCGAAUGGAGAAGUUGCCAGCUGCAUUGACAGGGAGAGUUGCUCAGACAGUUGCUCAAGUGUAUGCUGGUGAUCACUGCGGUAUAUUGUGUCGUGGUGUCAAAGCAAAUACAGUAAGGCGGGGCAUGUGGGCAGGGGCCGUUGGCACAAUUGCCACUUCAAACUCCUUCAAG